CACAACGGUUUAAUUUAGGCUAGAUGUAUACUUUUAUUUUGCUGUGCACGUAGUGAUUGGGAUGACGUUAAAAUGAGUGCUACAAGGUAACGAGUGCUAACGAAUUUCGUCACGGAACGCUGCUGAAAAAUUCCGAAAAGUUUGAUGAUUUAAAUACUGUCACAGAUAUAGACAGGACCAUGUUUGGCGCCUGGGCAGCGGAGGACUCCUCUGACGAAGUGGAGGACAUGGACACGUCAGAGUGGUGUUGGUUAUAUUUGUCCAACUGCGGAGAUUGGCACAUCUUUAAGUUCAGUCCGAACGAUGUGUGCUCCCUGACCAGUGACGAAAUUGAUCAGAAUUACAAUAGGAAUAGGACUGGAAAUAUGGAAUACCAAAUAGCAGGAUGCACCUACCGAUUUGAUUUUUCGGAGAUGAAACAGAUCAACAUCAGGACUGGAGAGGAGAGACCAAUCAAACGGGCCCUACGUACAGAGACUAGCUCUAGGUGUAUCUGCGAUAAUUUUCCCCUGCGUGCUCCCUCACACUGGGAAAUGUUUACUCCAGAUGAACCUUACCAGCUCCAGUGGAUUUAG